AUGCCUCUGCCCUCAGUGUACGCUGAGCCGUCGUCCAGUGUGGUCAUAGCGUGUAGCGUGUGUGUGGUCAUAGCAUCCCUCUCGUGCGGAGAAUCGACAUUGCAAGAGAAGGACAGGCAAGAAAGAAAGGACAGGCUUUUCGAGAUAGGCGGCAUGUCUAAGUUCAAUUGGAGGGACUACGAUUCGGAUGAAUCGGAACUAGAUGAAGAACUCGCGGAAAUAGUGGAUUGGUACGCGCAAGAGUGUUUCGGUGAUGAUGACGGCGCCAGUGGUGAUGAAGGUGAAGAAGGUGGUGAUGAAGGUGAAGAAGGUGGUGAUGAAGGUGGUGAUGAAGAUGCCAGUCAGCAGGAGGUGCCAACCGAGGAGGUGCCUCCAGCGUCGCCGGAGGACAGGCAAAGCGUGAGUGCUGCUGCACGCCGCGGCCGGCCUGCACCCAGUCGCAGCAUCUCGCCGCGCCCAGAGGCGGGAAAAAAAUACAAGUGUUUAGUAGAUGGGUGCACUUACCAGGAUAAUGACAAAUACACUUUUGAGGCCCAUGUCCAUAGUGCACAUGGGAAAGACAAAUUAUUUAAAAGCGAAUGCUGUGACUUCAUGUCCAAUUGGCGUGAAAAUAUCCCGUUUGGAGCGCAUAAAUGCGUUUAGAAAAAGUAAACUAAAUUUGAGCUGGGCCCACUGCUACCUUUCUGAACCAUGAUCUUUCUGAACUUCUCGCAAAUUUGUGCAACCAUCAUGAUAUUCUCUUUCAUGUACAAUGAAUGUUAGGACAAAUGAGGAGGCCGUAAAUAUCGUUUCAUGGCACUCAACUUUCUUUCGGGUAGCACGAAUAAUAUGGGACGAGUUAUUUGAUCAUCCACACAAUUCCGUUGCUUUGUUAUCUUAAGUUCGACGCGGCAUCAAGAUCGCGGCCACCGCUCCAUGUUCUCCGUAUUAUUAGUUUCUUCAUUACAUUAUCUAUUUUAUGAUGUUCUCAUAUGAAAUACUCAGCAUUUCCAUAAUUUAUAUCCAUAACAUGUUAAAAAUCUGAUUAACUAUUCUGUUAAUGUUAAAAUUAAAUUCUUAACGUUAUAUCUCGUUUUCAAUGCGAGACAGAAGUCAUUGUUUUAUUGAGUGUUCAUGCUUGCAAAAUUUCUGAACAAUCCGAGUCGUGAAUUUAUAACGAUUACUUACUUUCUCGGAAAGUAUUCGUUCUUGCUGACUUUAAAUAGUAAUUAGAACUCACUAUUUAAUAUUUCAUGUGUUUCUGCCUUGGAAUAUAUUCAUUAUUUGCUGGCAUCUAUUAUCUGUCAUAGUUUUGCAAAUUCGGUGCAGUUUUAAUUUUUUCCUGUGUUACAGAUCAAAGUUUGUUCGCUCGUUCAUGAAAACGCAAUCUUUGUCCGUCUUUAGUAAAAUAAAUGGCCAAACGUC